AUGCACACCUCCGAGUACGACUACCUCUUCAAGCUCCUCCUGAUUGGUGAUUCUGGUGUCGGCAAGUCCUGCUUGCUGCUCCGUUUCGCGGACGACACCUACACGGAGAGCUACAUCAGCACGAUUGGCGUGGACUUCAAGAUUAGGACCAUCGAACUCGAGGGCAAGACCGUGAAACUCCAGAUUUGGGAUACCGCAGGACAAGAACGUUUCCGCACCAUUACCUCGUCGUACUACCGUGGCGCGCAUGGUAUCAUUGUUGUCUACGACGUUACCGAUAACGACACCUUCACAAACGUCAAGCAGUGGCUGCAGGAGAUCGACCGUUACGCAUCUGAGGGCGUGAACAAGCUGCUCGUCGGCAACAAGUCUGACCUCACCAGCAAGAAGGUUGUGGAGUACAGUGUCGCGAAGGAGUUCGCGGACCAGCUCAACAUCCCCUUCCUGGAGACUUCGGCGAAGAACGCAACGAAUGUCGAGCAGGCGUUCUUGACGAUGGCUAAGCAGAUCAAGGACCGCAUGGGCUCUACCACCACGGCGGCAGGCACCGGCAAGUCAUCAACCAUCACGCCGGGCCAAACCGUCACGCAGCAGCAAAGCGGUGGCUGCUGCUGA